UAUUUCUUUCAUUUCCCCCUUUUAUUAAACUGGUGGAAGUUAGUUCAACGUGUCAACAAACCUCUGCGGCGCUUCUCCCCCCCUUACAAAAUGUUUUUCAGCGACGAAGAAUCCUCACAUGUCGGCUUGGCGGGUCAAGCAAAGAUGGAGCGCUUCCUGUUCAGUUGCGAGCUCUCCUCCAAAGCCCCCUUUUACAGCGUCCAGCCAGAUGAGGAUGACGAUCUGGAGCACUUCAUUGAGUUCAGAACGGCAUGUCUGGGGGAAGGUGCCAAGGAGGAGAAUAAUGUGGUGGAAGUGACAGCUAUGAACCACCAAGGAAAGACAACUUCAGUGCCUUUUGCUAACCUUCACAUCGGUUGUCUGCCAAUGGUGAGCUUGGGUGAAUUUGAGCUCAAAGCACCAGUGACUGUCCGCCUGAAGGCUGGCUCAGGACCGGUGAUCAUCAGCGGCCUGCACCUUAUUGUUUCAGAGGUUGACGAAUCAGAUUUGGAGGAAGAAGAGGAGGAAGAUGAGGACAACAUGGAGGAAGAAGACCUCAGCCCUAUCAAGCCAGCAAAAAAGAAAAACAAACAGCAGGCGCAGUAACUAUCAUCUCAAUCAUCUUUUGACCACAUUGGCACAGGACUUUCCCAAACACAUCAGUUAUUUUCCUAAACUCUCGAGCUCUUAUUCACAGCACAUGACUGAAAUGUGGAAGUAAACAAUUUUUGCUAUUAAAUGUCACCUCUUUUCCCCGUGUAUAUAAUAGUGAGACGCCACCAUUGAUGAGCAGGCAUAUUGCGGCUGUUUAUUACUUUAAUAGCAAAGUUUUGUGUUUGUGUUUCAGUUAGGAUACAAGACCAGUGACUUUCCAGUCAAACACAUUUUGUAAUUUUAAAAUAAAUUUUCUUCAUAAAAUGUUAAACACUCAA